GAAUUGUUCACUUUUGUCAGAUACGUCCCCAAUGUUCCACAGUGAAGCUGUCAUUCCUACAAUAUUUUCGCGGGAAAUGAUACUCCAAAAGGUCGCACGUUCCACCAGAGAGGUCACGCGCUGAUCCGACCAAUCAGAGACCGCCUUACAACCGGAAAAGCUGUCUGCAAAAAAUACGUGGCGGACCUGUGUUGUUUAUGAUGUUUAGCUUGAGCUAGAGCUAACAUGACGAAACGAAAUGGAUCAAAGAAGGGCUUGACGUACUCUUAAGACUAUAAGCUUUCUGUUGUUGUCUCAUAUUCUGACAGGAUCGUCGACAGCGGCCUAACAGGUUCGAUUUUUACGUGAAAACGGUUCAACCAGGAAGUGAGCUGCCCCCCUCCCACCGGUCUCUGUGUCCACCCUUCAGGGAACCGCCGCUUGUGCGAUCUUGCCACAGCUGCUAGCUGAUAAAACUCCGGAGAACUUUUAUAAUGAAGCUUCUUAGACCGCACCAAGCGUGCCUGCUGGUCGCAGUGCUGUUUGUAAGCGGCACACAGACACAAGACAUUAUAGGAAGGGCCCAGGAGGCUGCAGGAGAUGACAUAAAUGAUAAUCAACAACAACAACAACAACAGCAGGAGAACGCACACCAGGAGGAGCCGGCAGAGACGCGGCGACCCCGGCUGACCCCCGAGGAGGAACAGCGCUUUAGGGAGCUCCAGAGACAGCAUUACGAGGAUGAACAGGAGAGAUACGUGACUGAACAGGGCCAACAGAGGCAACACUCCAAGGAGGGGCAGAAUAGAGUCGUGGGGGAUCAGGUCCAGAUACAGCAGAAGAUGCGUGACUCUGCCACACAGAGGCAGCUCCAGGCCAUGCAGCGGCAGAGGGAAGCUGAGGAGAGAACUGGUCAGGGUAGCUCUGUAGAUGGAGGGGAGGGGGGUGAGGAGGAGGAUAUCCCCGGCCCUGAGAUAGGUAGAUCGCAGGAGUACUAUAGGCAGCCCGUAGAGGUGCCUGUGUAUAACCCAGUCCCCUCCACCACACCUAUGCCUCAACGUCAGGACGGUUUCUCUGGUUCUCACUCUGGACAGGAGGACGCAACACAGCCGCCCGAUCCCCACCCCCUGGAGCAGCCCCCCACCCCCCUGGAGGAGCCCCCCACCGCUGGGGAGUCAGACAUGCCACCCCUGGAGGAGGUGGAGGAAGAAAUGACAGAAGAGAGGAGGGAACAGUUGGAGAAGGAGAAAGAGGCUCAAAGGAUAUAUGACGAAGGGAUGGUUCUCAAAAACAGCACGAAAAAGUCAGACCAAAAAAGUGCCUACGCAUUCUUCCUGGAAGCUGCCGAGCUGAACCACACGGAGUCGCGGGAGCUGGUCGGUUUCGCUCACCUGUACGGAGACUACCUGCCGCAGAACGCCACGCGAGCACUCGAGAUCCUACAGGACCUGGCCGACAAGGGUUCACCAAAGGCUCAGAUGGGUUUAGGCUUCAUGUAUGCAGCAGGCAUUAGUACCAACUCAAGCCAAGCCAAGGCGCUGGUUUACUACACCUUUGCUGCCCUUGGUGGGGAUCCCCUCGCACAGAUGACUCUAGGUUACCGGUACUGGUCAGGGAUAGGAGUGGCCCAGAGCUGUGAGUCGGCACUAACCUACUACAGAAUGGUCUCCAACAAGGUUGCGGAGGAGGUUUCGGUGUCGGGCGGGGCGGCGGUGCAGCGGGUGCGUCUCCAUGACGAGGUAGAGAACCCCGGGGGAAACAGCGCCAUGCUGGACGACGACCUGAUCCAGUACUACCAGUUUCUGGCUGACAAGGGAGACGUCCAGGCGCAGGUUGGCUUGGGGCAGCUGAACUACCAGGGUGGGAGGGGGGUGGAGCAGAACUACGGGCGGGCGCUCGACUACUUCCAGCAGGCGGCUGCAGCCGGCAACGCCAACGCCAUGGCCUUCCUGGGCAAGAUGCACUCGGAGGGUGCAGGGGAAGCCGUGAAGCCGGACAACAGCACGGCGUUCCAGUACUUUAAGAAGGCUGCUGAGCAGGGAAACCCGGUGGGUCAGAGCGGGCUGGGUCUGAUGUACAUGUACGGGAAGGGCGUGGAUCAGGACUACAGCAAGGCCUUCAAGUACUUCUCACAGGCAGCAGAGCAGGGAUGGGUCGACGGGCAACUACAGCUCGGCAUCAUGUACUACAGUGGCCUUGGUGUGCGCCGCGACUACAAGAUGGCCAUCAAGUACUUUAACCUGGCCUCGCAGUCGGGACACGUGCUCGCCUUCUACAACCUGGCGCAGAUGCACGCCACCGGCACGGGCAUGAUGCGGUCAUGCCACACGGCAGUCGAGCUGUUCAAGAACGUUGCGGAGCGCGGUCGCUGGUCGGAGCUAAUGAUGGAGGCGCACAACCAGUACAAGGACGGGAACAGCAACUCUGCGCUGGUCAUGUACACCCUGCUGGCCGAGCUGGGGUACGAGGUCGCACAGAGCAACGUGGCCUUCAUACUGGACCAGGGAUCAAGAACCCACGUGGUUGGUCAGGAGGAGGUGUAUCCCAGGGCGCUGCUUCACUGGGGUCGUGCCGCAGCUCAAGGUUACACAGUGGCACGCGUGAAGCUUGGCGACUACCACUACUAUGGUUACGGGACGGACGUGGACUACGAGAUCGCAGCCACGCACUAUCGGCUGGCCUCAGAGCAGCAGCACAACGCUCAGGCCAUGUUCAACCUGGGCUACAUGCAUGAGAAUGGGCUCGGCAUGAAGAAGGACAUCCACCUUGCCAAGCGGUUUUACGACAUGGCCGCGGAGACCAGUGCAGACGCCCAGGUGCCUGUGAGCCUGGCCCUGAUGAAACUGGGGGUUCUCUACGGGAUGGAGUACCUAGAGCACGCAGGCCAGAAUGGCCAGCUGUGGACGGUUGACCUGGAGGGCUACUUUGGGCCGGAAUGGGACAUCUGGCUGUGCACGCUUCUGGCCUUGCUCCUGGGCCUGGUGGUGCUGUACCGCAGGGCACAGAGAUGAGAUGUACUGAUUACCAAGGUCAUCAGGGGGGAGGGGGGCAUUGUACUGCAGGACACAGUGGUGAAAUACAAGGUCAUCAAGGGGGGAGGGGGGCACUGUACUGCAGGACACUGAGAUGAGAUGUACUGAUUACCAAGGUCAUCAAGGUGGGAGGGGGGCAUUGUACUGUAGAUCACAGUGGUGAAAUGCACUACUCCCCAAGGUCAUCAGGGGGGAAGGGGGGCACUGUUAUGCAGGACACUGACAGACUAAUUUCAUAAGGGGGAGGUGGGCAAUGUUGAGAUACACUGCUCACCAAGGUCAUGGGGGGGGGGGGGCAUGUACUACAGGACACAAAUAUACGAAAUACUGCCCUCACCAAGGGGGAGGAGUGGUCUUACAUGUGAGAGUAUGCAAUGUCCUUGAAUCCUCGAUUUAGAAACUAGGAACAAACUACUUGCAAACACUUGACUUAUCGUAAGGUAACAUUAGAUAAUAAAUUUUUCUGACCUGACUUUUGUAGAUAUCAGGCAUUACGGUUUUAGACUCAACGGGAGCAAAUAAUGUUGAAAAGGUUUUCUGCAUUGUGUCUUUCUUUUGUGAGGUCAAUCAGAGUUUUGAGAAGUAUGUGUAGAUUCAGAACAUUGUAGUUAGUAUCAUUAGGAACGUUGCAUGGAAGAGACUGUGCAGGGCUGGGGAGUGAGCUAGGUGGAAAGCCAGGAACUAUUUCCUGGUGCAUUAUGUCUUUAAAUAUUCCUCCUUUUUAUUUCUAUCAUACAUGACUUCCUUUAUUAUUGUCACCUCAUCUGUAUGUACAUGAUUGUAUAUUUGGUGAUUUGGGGGGGGGGGGGGGGGCAGCAACUGCUGUUCAAUAGGUUUACAGUCAACAAUGGUUUUAAAACUGCUGUAAUUGGCCGGUACAGGGAGAACUUUGCCCUUUAUUACAUUCAAAAUCGGAUCUUGUUACACACAUCCUGAAGGCAACUAUCAGGUUGCCAUUGUAGGAGGAGAGGUUAUGGUUUACUGUAUCCUGUAAAAAGUCUAUUUCUUCAUUGAACUUCAUAAUCCACUGUGAUGUCAGGAUGAAAAUGUCAAUACUUUUGUUCUCAAUUGUAAAAGCGUAAAAACGCUGUAAAAGUGUUUUCGUCCAUGUUGGAAAACUCUCUAUAACUUCAGUUUUAUGUUGAAGCAAAAAUGUUUUGAUUCUCCUGUAACAGCCAUAUAGUAAAAGUAGUUUUGUGUUGAAGUUUUGAGGUCUUGAACCUGUACGUGCUGAUGUGUAUGUUGAAGACUUGAUGUCAUCAGUGCAAUGUCUGAUUGGCAAUGAUGUGAGUCAAUUGUAAUUGUACAGCCACAAGCCAUGCAGAAAUGCAGCCAUGUGAAAAGCUGGUAAGCCUUCAGUACUAAACAGUACCAGUACAAACUGUGUACUACAUAGAUUGCUGAGAGACAAUGCAAAUGGACUUAGGGACUCUACAACCAAGGGUAAUGUAAGAUGUACUGAGAAGUAUAAAUACUAUGUAUCCAUAUUGCCUUGUGUAAAAUUCUAUCCAAUAUUGAUCAUCAUUUCUUAUGAAUGUUUGUACCUGUCAGCUGGUAUGAUCUGACAAUGCUGUAUGCCCCAUAGCUCGGUCAUGGCUGCAGCAAAGAGCACAAUCCUACAAAUCCCAGCCACAUGUACUGGAACUCUCCAGGGCACCAGGAAUUUGGAAGAUCUGAAUGCAAGAAUAUCUCUUAUACUGUAGAAGUGUUGACAGGAAAAAGGAAAACACAAUGACUCAGAUAGACGUAAGUUUUUUUAGAGUCACAUGCAAAACUUUGCUGUAUAUUUUAGCAACAAAUUGAAAUACAGGACUGAAAGUUGAGAUUUUCCGAAUUCCAGUGUCUUUGCAAACUGGAUUGACAAGUGCACAUUGUAAGUUGGACUGGAAGACUAUCAGCUUGAUUUGGGAAAGUGUACAGAUGAUCUGUUGUUGCUCUUGUAUAUCUGUAUAAAGAGGACUGUUUCUGACAUCAAA